CAUUUUCUAUAAAUAUAUCUGUAUCAGUAUAACCGUUACAUUUAUUUUUUGUUCGUGGAAAAAUAGCGUAUGAUUUCAGAUUUCUGUGGAAUCACAUCAUUUCUAAUUUAAUACAAGGAAGAUCCGUGUUAACAUUCCCUUACGGUUCUCAUUCCCGACGACAGAUAACAAAACACGGAUUUUAUUUGUUAGGACGCCAAUAUUUCUAGGAAUGCUGUUGCUUUCGAACAAUAGAAAUAUAAUCUAACAUGGAAACAUAUACAAACUGAGUUGGCCAGCCAAUAGCUAGGAACACUCGAGCAAAUUGGACUUUGUGAUCUACUCUCUUGUGAUCUUGACCAUUGGAAGGCUAGGAGAGCGCAAAAGUUGAAAUACAGGGUUAUCAACAGCAAUGGCUUCUUUCGUCAAAGCUCUUGAAGAUAUUCCAGCUAAUAUAUCUGAGGUUGAAUUAAGGAAAAGAAGAUUGACCAAAUCCAAUGGUCUAAACACAUUAUCUCUUUCUGGAUGUCUUCUUCAGAAACUUCCAAAGUCACUUUACAAUAUUAAAGAGAUACAAGAUCUCAAUUUAACAGAGAACCGUUUAACUGAACUUGACAGUGCCCUGUCCAAUCUUCAGAGAGUUAGACAUCUACAUUUGUCUGAAAAUGAACUACAAACAUUUCCCAAAGUGUUAUGUAAACUCAGGAAUCUGGAAACACUAAAUCUUGGCCACAAUAAAUUCAUGGCCUUUCCAGAUGCAAUUUUGCAGAUAAAAACUUUAAGUUACCUUGAUUUGGGUGGAAAUAAAAUCGCAUCCCUUCCUGAUGGGUUAUACAAGUUAGAGCACCUUCUCCAACUCCAUAUGCCCAAUAAUAAGUUGAACAGUUUUCCAGUAGUUCUUACCAAAAUGAAGUCACUAAAACAUGUGGAUCUAGGCCAAAACCAGAUUAAAAAUGGGGACCCACCAUUGCCUUUUGAAAUAUUAUACUUGAAAGGUUCUUUAAGAUAUCUAAAUCUGCAGAAGAAUCUCCUUGAUGGUGUUCCAUACCUUGAGUGCAAAGCUGAAGAUGGAACAAUGGAAGCUUUCUUUGCCUAUGUAAAGGAACUCCAAGAAGAGGGAUGUCUGCGACAGAGACUUCUGCUGAUGGGCGACUCAAGAGCAGGAAAGACCAGUCUGUCUAAUGCUCUAAGAUUCAAGAAAGCCAAACUUGCAAAUGAGGAAGACAGAACUGAAGUUGUUGAACAAUUCAUUUGGGAACCUGGACCUGACAUAAAGAUCCAAAUAAAUGACUUUGGCGGGCACAGGGUAUAUGAGAUUACGUCAAGAUUAUUUAUUACUGACAAAGUCAUAGUCUUAUUGGUCUUCAACUUGCAAGAUUACUCAUUGGAUCCAAAGAAAAAGAAUUAUGAAGCUCUUGUUGGACGUUGGUUUCGACAUGUGAGGUCUAUUGCUCCAAAUGCCAAAGUUCUGGUUGUUGGUACCCACUCUGAUGGAGAGGGUCUCGAUCCCGACAAGAUUCAACAGAUAACUCAGGAUGUUGAAAAAAUGAUUGUGCAAGACAUAAAAUUAGAAGCAGACCACAUUGAAGAGAUGAAAAAAGUCAAAGGCAAUGUUAGUGAAGAACAGCUGUCUGGGUUGACGUCCCUACUAACCACUCUCCCUAGCAACACUGUUAGAGCUGUGGCUGUCAGCUCAAAAACCCUUAAUAACAUCACCGUGAUAAAGAAGUUUGUUGUAGACCAGUGUCAUGGAUCAGGCAUACAGAUACCGCUUCGAUACCACAAGUUUGGGAUGGCACUGAAGGAAGCCAGAAACCAAAAAGAAGAUCUUUAUCUUCCUAUGGAACAGGUGCUCUCCAUUUAUAACAAGCACCACGGAUACAACUUCUUUCAAUCACUUUUUCUUUGGAUGAAACCCAAAACUGCAUGGUCAGCAGAAGUAGAAGCAGUUCUUAGAGUCCUUAACCAGAUUGGAUACCUGAAUUGGUAUUGUGAAGACCCAGAGAUGAAAGGUUACAUAUUUCAUCAGCCUGAGAAAAUUGUUGAAAUUGCUAGCCCAGUGUUUCAUUAUAAUCCCAAAGCAGCCAUCCAGGCAGUCCCACAGGUUUACCAUGGGAGACCUGAUCUUCAUCAAGAGCACUUGCAGAAGUUCAUAGACACAGGAGUGAUGACUGAAACUUUGCUUCAUUCACUUAUCACUGGCUGUGAAAACAACCCUGGGUUGUUUACAGUUGUUACAGCUCUCUUGAAUAAAUUUGAUUUUUGUUUUAAGUUCAAGAACAGGAAAAUAGCAAGAAAUGAAACAGAAGGUAUGAAUGUACAAUACUAUUUCCCCUGGCUCUUACAGACAGAGAAACCAAGCAAUCUACAUGACAGGGCCAGAUGGCCAGAUGCCCCUUUGCCUGGUGAGAUUCAUUAUGAAAUACAGUUCCGAUUUCAUGACAUGGAAAACAGUCAACCAAACAAUGUUAGAGAGAGGACACCAUCAACCUUCUUUGAAGUUGCUACUGUGGAACUCCAUCGUGAACUGAUAGCUAUCGAUCAGCACCCAACUAUGGAGCAUUGGCAGGAUGGUCUCUAUGCAGCUGUUCCAGACCUAAAACUUUUGUUUACUCGGUAUCGUGAUGAAAACAAGAGCAGACGGGUUAUUCAGCUGUCUUUACGUACUCAGAGAGUUGAAAAGCUUUGGAAAGAGCUUCCAAAGCUUCAUCAAAAAAUAGCAAGUGUACUAAGUGUUCAGUAUCCAGGUUGCAUAUUUACACAGUAUGUUAUGUGCCCUCACUGUAUCAUGGAGGGCAAUCAUGAGAACCCAGAUGAAGUGAAGGUGGACAUCAUACAGGAACAAACAGAUGGUAUUUCUCGUCAUUGUCGCAGAGCCAAGAGUAGCUUUCCAACAUUGCUGUUGCAGCCACCUCUUGAAGGGAAUGGAUCUGGAGGUCAACUUGCAGCUGUGGAGAAUUUUUUGGAUAAAACAGUAUCAGGUUUUCCAAGUGUUCUCUUGAGUGACAUGGAUGCAUUGGAACAUUUGGAUUUCCUGUUGCAAAAAGAAAUUCUUACUGAUGAUCAGGUUGAGCGAAUCCGUGGGAUGGUCCAAAGGAAAAAGAGGAAUGCAUGUCUUUUGCGGUGUCUACAUCAAGUGAGCCUGUCUGCCGUUGAUACUUUGGCUGAAUCUCUUAGAGAUACAUCAGAGCAACCGUGGCUAGCGGAUGUAUUAGAAGGGAAGGAUGGGGUUGGAGGAAUGACUGAUAUUCACCGACAAGCUAUUAGACGUAAUAGAGUUAGUAUUAUCAAAGAUAUGUCCCCCAAAGCCAUCACUGAUAUAUUGAAUGCAAGGGGAAUUUUGACAGAUUCAGAGAGAGAGAGGAUAAUGGAGUGCCUCACUCGAGAGGACAAAGUCCAUAUGUUCCUGGAUAUCAUUCCAACUAGAGGAGACAAUGCAUUUGCAGAACUUGUUGAUUCAUUGAGAGAUGACACUGUCAAACUUGACUGGUUGGCAGACAGGUUGAAGAAAGAGGCAGCAAAGUUGGAGUGUGACCAAGGAAAUGGGUGAAAAUACAAUGUGUGUAUGAAAAGCUGUUUUUGACAGCCCCAUGAGCCUAUGGGAACAAACUGAGAAUUAUCUAAAGAUAUUUUUAUAUUGUGAAUUAAAUGGAUAUUUGUUAAAAUUCCACCAAGAUAACUGCAAUGUUAUGUUACUUCUUUGUAGACUACCACAAGGUGCCUUACAAUUAUCCUGCCAGAAAACUUUUUUACCAGUGACAUUCAGUAAACUUAAGCUUAAGAGCAAUUGUAAGAAGCAAAACUGUGAACAAUUUCAAAAGCAUUAUUGACGCAGUACUAACCCAGGUGCUAAUUUUUUCUAUUUGUCUUGUAGAAUUAGUUUUAAAAAAUAUUCUAGUCUAUUGCUCUGCUGGUUUGUGGGUGUGUUUGUUUGUCUGAUGUUUUUUUUUUUUUCUUUUUUUUUGUCUAGCAAUAGAGGCCAACAUUUU